CAGCAAACAUAUCAAGUGUUUUUGUGCGAUGAUGAUAAUCGUUGCGAAGGUAAUUUUGUAGCAAAUGUCACGGCCGCCGGAUAUCAAAGAUUUGUUUUAUCUUGAGCGCAUCCCCUCAUCACUCACUAAGCUAUUGUUAUUAGUUUACUUCCCGAUAGGUUGUGCUGUUCUUAUACUUCGGCUAUUUAUUGGAUUUCACACUUUCUUCAUUGCAUGUCUGCUGAGAAAGUCUACUUCCGCUCGCUCUGCUGUUCUACGAGUGAUGUGUGCUGUGUUGGGAAUUGUUGUCCGCAGUGAUGGUAAAAGAUCGUCUCAAGUUAAGAUGAUGUGUGCAAAUCAUAUAACUACCUUGGAUCAUCUGGCUGUAGAUCUUGUUGAACCUUGCAUUUUGCCAUCUGUAUGGGAUGUUCCUGCUCUCAUAAGAUGGUGCUUUGGAUACGUGGAUCUGGGAGCCCGUACCAGCCGCUCGGAACUCAUUCGUCGUGCACGUCUUCAUGUGGAAACGGAAACGCUUCCUCUCUUAGCUUUUCCAGAAGGCGCGUCUACCAGUGGACAUGUUGGAUUGUUGAAGUUCAGCCCGUGGCCAUGCGAGGUGUCCGAUAAAGUUCAGCCAGUGGUGAUUCAACUCUAUCGUCCUAUCUUUAAUGUAUCGCCCUCUGUGCUUGGUUCUUCAUGGAUAGCCGAUGUUCUCUGGUUCCUUUUCCUUCCCUUUAGCGUUUAUCAUCUCAAGUGGCUUGAUGUUCUACGAAAGGAAGAACAGGAAUCAGCAGAAGACUUCUGUAAUCGUCUAGAAAGUAACAUUGCUGAACACAUGGGUUUGAAAACGACAAAUUUCACCCAUGCUGAUGCCAACGAAGCUGCGAAAAGACAUUUGCAUGCGAGAACGGUUGCGGCUCCAGUAAAAAAGAUGAUCGAUACACGUAUGCUUGACGACGUUGCCAUGCGUAUCAAACAGUCUUACCCAUCAUCAUCGCUUCUAGACAUACGAAUGGAGUUAGAGCGCACAAGAGACCAACAGUCCACCGUCGAAAAAAUCAAGUCAGGCCAGCUUCAAGUCUUUCCUCGCAUAAUGGGAAAGGUCCCAUCAGAUCCAUCCCAAUGGAAGCGAUUAUUCACAGAAAGGAAGUGGACAUUGAUCGAGGAUAACCGUAAACGCUAUCUCACGAGAUUGAAUAAGCUUAUAGGCGCUGGUGACCAAUAGCCAGACUAGAAACUACUCUUGCUGAAGUACCAGUGAACGUGUAGAAAUGGUUCUCAUAUUGAUCGUUACUAUUGUUCUCAAAUACGUUGCUGUGACU